AUGUGUCCCGCUGAUUCAGAAACAUUUUCCGACCAUGAGCCACCARCAACCACGAACGCACGAACCACCGGCGAUUUGGAGUUCGAUUUCAUAUAUGGAAUUAGGGUUCUCCAAGGCGACGAUUCAGGCCCCAAAGCGACGAUUCAUAACUCUAGGGUUUAUAAACGAUCGGUCCUCUCGAUCCUCAGGCUCCUCUCGCUCAUCGUUUCCACAAUCGAUUCAUCGUUUCUCUACCUAUUUCAUUCAAGGGUUAAUUGUGUUUCCAUCGAAGAUUUGUUGAUCUUCAAGCUUUUGACUUCUCUACUGGAAGAGAUUCAAGCUUCUAUGGAUCUCCACAUUGAGACUGCAGGUGCAAUUGGAGGAGUUGUUGCAUCUCUUGUGCGGGUUCCAACAUUGGUACAAAGAUUUUCUUGA